AUGAACGGCCUGAUCGAGCAGGCGCAGGUCAUUGAUGUACAUAUCGACGACGCCAACAAGAAGAAGAAGUUCAAGCUGAAGGAGAAGUCCAAGAAGGUGAUGGACCUGGAGAAGUCCAAGAAGCAGAUCGAGGCCGCGCUGGCAUUCCUCAAGAUUGAGAAGCGUAGUGUCCGCGAGCUCAGGGACCGCUUCGUGUCCGUCUGCAACGAAGUCACCGCACUGUAUGAACACUGUAACACUAUUGAGAGAGACCUGUCCAAGUGGGACAUCGAGCUGGAGCGCCUCUACUCCAAGGUCAAGGAGGGAUACUUCAGCGACUACUUCAAGCUGCACCCCGUCUUUGAGACGUGCAGCGCCCGCAUCCGCGACCACCACCAGGUCAAGCAGGACCUGAUCCGAGAGCUGGCUAGGAGAGAGGCCGCCCGCAUUGCAUCGGAAAUCUAUGUCAGCGGCAUCAUUCAGAUCCUCGAGUGUGGCGUAGACCUCAUUACCGACGAGAGAAUGGUCGACGUUGCCCGUGUGCGUGGUUUGGAGCAUCAGGUGCACAUGCUCUAUCACGCCCUCCACGACCAACAGAUGGAGAUGUCCUACGCCAUCCACAUGAGAGGCAGCGGCGGUGUUAUGCCACCUCAGGCUUCCAACGAAGGCUCGAGUCCACAGCAGCAACAGACUCCGCCACACCCCCACCAGCAGCAACAACAGCAACAACCUUCAUCCUCUGGUUCCAGGGGCAGUCCAAAGGUGUCUCCAUCCAAUACCGUUGGAAACAAGCCACCCACUAUGGUCGGAAGCAGUGGCGACCUGAGCAAGAAGAGCAAUGAUUCCAGAGGUUCAAUGGGAAGCAACUCUAGCGCCCAAUCGUCACCAAUGUCCUCAUCUCCACCAUCUACCAACCAUAUCACAUCGGCAGCAGCAAAGUCAUCAAGCACACCACCAGUCCUGUCACCAAGCAAGCCAGCAGUUCAGACACAAGUCCAACCUUCACAGCCACAAACACAGCCACAACAACAAGCAAAGCCAAUGAACACAACACCAUCAGUAGCCACAACAACAUCAACAGCCACUUCAACAACUGUUGCCACAAAGCCAGCGACAUCAACAACAUCUACAACCACACCAAGUAGUGCGCCAGCCAACCAAACAAAGAGUCCAACUCCUGCGGCAGCAGCAGCCCCAUCUAAUCCACGUCCAAAGGGUGCACCAGGUGCUUUCGUUAUGGAGUCCCUUAUCAAGAACACUGACGCCUUCUUCUCGUUGGCCGACAAGAACCAGUCCUCGCCCCUGUUGAUCAAAACAUCAGGUUAUCUGGAUACAAUCAGCGACCUUACAGCUGAGCAACUGAUUCAGAGCGCAUACGCUGCAUGCAAUGAAGGCAAGGUCUACUCUGACUCACUGAGGGUCAAUGGAAGCAUGAUGGGUGGCGACCAGGUCGAUGUUUACAUGGCAUCAGAGCUGUUGAAGCACUUUUUCCGCACUGCCAACCCAUUCCUCUCUGAGCAGCUGACUCAAGAGUGGCUGGCCGUUGAUUCAAUAGAGGACAACGAGAGAGCCAUGGAGGCUGUCCGUACAUUCAUCAAGAAGAUGCCAGAUGAGAACAAGGCCAUCCUCAGCUCACUGCUGCGUCUUCUCAACAAGGUUGCCCAGAAGUCUCUGGCCAGCAAGCCCAAUCCGAACCUCAUUCCAACCAUGUCCAAGGCGUUCUCUGAGCUUGUCUUGAGAACAAAUAAAUAA